AUGCCUGAAAAUUCAGUGGGAAACAGUCUUUUGGGAACGUGUGCGGAGUUUGAUCCAAACACAAGUGAUCUUGAACUACCUUCAAUGGCUGCUCAACUACAGGAAGCGGUUGCAAAUGUAAACGGUGAAGCGAUUGAAGAACUGAAAGGAGAAAACGGGCAUUUUAAGUUCGUAGAAAGCCUGAGAAUGUCAAUGGAAAGAUUUUCCGACUUCAAAAGCGAAUACUAUUUGACUACGAGUAUGUGUAAUUCAGGAACUAAAGAAGCCGAUUUUGGAUUCGGAAAGCCUGUGUGGGCAUGUACAGGGAACUUGAAUGAAGAUAUUCCUACUUUUAUGAACAGGAUGAUAAUGGUGGAUUCGUGUUCUGGUGACGGAAUUGAAGUCUGGGUGACGCUGGAGAAACAAGUAAUGGAUUCCCUUAGGUCCAAUUUUGAACUUCUAUCGUUUGCUUCUGUGGAUCCUAGUCCUCUAUCUAUAGCUUAA